AUAUCCAAAUAACCUUUUGUUGUUCUGCACGGUCGCGUAAAAUUUGCUCCUUUAUAGUGUGAGGCUAAAGCAAGUCUAUCCCAGAUGGUACCAUCAUGAUUAAAAACCAUUGAAUGACUUAACACAAUUGUGCGUUGUUGGCAUUAGCGAAUUGUACACGAUGCUGGUGGUGUUUUCUGUUAGGCAGUACGGUACUUCUCUCGACUAGUGUGAGGCUGCACGGCGCUGAAUUGAAUUCGUGUUGACAUUAGCGAAUUGUACACGAUGCUGGUGGUGUUUUCUGCAAGGCAGGACGGUACUUCUCUCGACUAGUGUGAGGCUGCACGGCGCUGAAUUGAAUUCGUGUCGCAAGUGAUUUUAUAGCCAUAAUUUUUCCUGGACGCUCCAGGCAUAUACUUACUACCGGUCCAUCUUUGUAAGCCGUACUCCGGUCGUGUCUUUGAUUUUAUUCCACUCACAUAUUUUUGGAAAGUGUUUCAUGUUGCAUCCUUGGAAACUCCGUGAUUCUAAUAUUUAAUGUCGAAGGAUAGUGCUUCAAUUGAUGUGUUGUCUCCUGCUGUGACAAAAGUCCAAAGAUUCCUCAUUGGAUUCCAGGAUGUCCAAUUUCCACCUCCGAGGUACCGGACUGGAGGACCAUAGCCUCCUCAAUGAGGAUCAGGUCGUCGUGAAAAAGAACCUCCAGAAAGCCUCAAGAGGACGACUGAGGGUCAGCUCCUGCAGGUGCUGGGCUAUAGCGGCUUUCCUCGCGGCUCUCUGGCUAGCUUUCUUCGGCCUCUGGCUCUACUGGAACUACUUCAGAGACGGCGGGGGUGCAGUGGUCAAGACCGUCGGCCACAACGUGAAUGCGAGUCUAAUGGUGUUGCCGCAGUCGCUGGCCGACAAGACGGGGGCUUACUGCUUAGAUGGAAGCCCACCGUCCUACUAUUUCCGCAAUGCGUCCUCACAAGAGCACCACUACUCCUGGAUCAUCCAUCUACUUGGUGGUUCUUGGUGCUACAACAACACGGCAUGCGCUCACCGAAGCACUACUGACCUGGGGUCAUCGCGCUUGCUUAAACCAACAAAAACAUUUGGCGGCAUCCUCUCUGCAAACUUUACAGUCAAUCCAGACUUCUUCGACUGGAACUUGGUAGUCGUGAACUAUUGUGAUGGAGCAUCAUUUUCUGGUACCCGUGGUGAUCCAGUUAGUUACAACAAUACGAAAAUAUACUAUCGAGGCGCCAGGGUGUUAGAUGCAGUUGUCAACUAUUUACUCCAGUCAGCAGGGUUGGAGCAAGCGGAGAGAAUUCUGUUGAGUGGUGAAUCUGCUGGAGCACUUGCCGUGUAUCUCCAUGCUGAUCACAUCAGCAGCAUGGUUCCAGACGAAGCCCCAUUCAAGGCUCUCGCAGACGGGGGAUUCUUCGUUGAUGAAAUGGACAUUAGUGGUGACAGGCAAUGGGAGACCGCCAUGAAAGACAUGUACCAAAUGCAGCAUGUUCAAUGGGGUCUUGAUGAAGACUGCCUUUUGGCUAAGGGGUCUAGCAACAAAUGGGAGUGUUUCUUCCCACAGUAUGCCUACCCAUACGUCACCACGCCCAUAUUCGUCAUCAACGCCGUCUACGACAGGUGGGUGCAGAGGGACAUCCUAGGUCUUUAUUGCCACCCAGAAGAAUGCGACGAGGCCCUUGGGGUGCUUCAGCAGCACAGGCAGCUAUUUCUACAGCGGACCGACCAGGUGAAUCGAUACCUCAAGGACGGCAUGUUCCUCACUUCCUGCUACGCCCACUGCCAGGCCGUUUCUGACUUGCCUUGGAUGACGUACGCAGUGGCUGGAAGAACAGUAAGGAAGGCCUUUGCCGACUGGUACUUUGAGAGGAAGACGCCUGCUGAGGCCCGGGACGUAGACUGCACCAGUUACAAUUGUAACCCAACAUGCAGCAACACUUGGGAGUUGAAUCGGUCGGCUUGAAGGAGUACGAGCCCGUAAGGGGACAAGGUGUUACUAUCAUUUCGAGCGAGGCCGGAUUCAAAUCAGAUAAAGUCGCUUUUUUGGCUUACACAUGAACAAGGCAGGGGGUGUUAUAAUAUCUCAGCCCCUAAAACUGAUGAUCUCUCUUAAUUUCCUGUUUUAUUCCGUCUUCCCCUCUCCUGCCUUACUGUCUCCGGACGUUGGAGACUCCAAAUCAGUUUGAGUGGCAGUUUUGCUUUAAGAGAAUGCAUUAUUGGAAGCUGGAGAUGAGUCACAUCGAAGCACCACAUACAAAGCCAAUGCUGACCUUUGGAGAGGUUCUUUGUGAGGCAAGUUUUUUUUUAACGUCAGUUUGUUUACUUUGUUUUUGUGUUACCACUUGACGAAUAUCUGUCAGGUCUAAAUGGAAUGGUGUGAACAAAUCCUUGAGCCGUUGAAUACAUUGUUGGAGACUUUUUUAAUUGUAAUGUAAAGUGAGUUCAAGAGGGUAAAAGUUUCAGAAUUUUGUUUGAAUUGGCCGCUUUUACGUAAAUAUUGUGAAGAAAAACAUUCAAAAAGAUCUACAGAGGAUAGACGAAAGCACAAAAUCAAGUAUUGUCUUCAACCUCAAAAUAUUUAAAAUCGCAAAUCUUCUCAAUGUGAAUUUAGCGUGGAGUCAUAUUUCGUCGAUUCCUUAAGGUGAUUCAAAUUUGUGGACACUCUAUUUGUAGAGAAUGUUUACACCGUGGAAAACGUGACUUUAAAAAAAUAAUAGUAUACAUUGUAAAAAGAAAAUAAUCAAUAACUGUCAAAAAAAGUAAAAGUGUGUUUAUCUGUAUUCCAGUUGGCAGCGCACAAUCUUGCCAGAAGAACUGUAAGUUUUACUAAAAACGUUUUCUUGCAAAAGUACUUGGGUUUUCUUACAAUAGAUAUUUUGUAAAUGUUAAAAACAUAAGAAAUGUUACCCUAAUGUUUCACUAAUUUUCCGUUCAUUGUUAAAAUUUGAUGAAUGUAAUCACUGCCAUACAACUUGUUUCUGGUAUUGGUGACAGCAAUAGCAUUCAAUUGUUUGCAUGUUUGAUGUUGGGAAAAUGUUGCUUGUGUACUGUUCUUCUUAUGAAAAAAAUAAAACACGAGAAUCUACUGCAUA